AUGACUAAUAAUAGUCUUACCUUAGUCAAGGACCAAGUUAGCAUCUACUCUCGAAUCAUGCAACCACAGAACUACGAUGAGAAUGUGUCUUACCUGUUUGGUUGGGGCAUCUCGCAGCCGCUGAACCAGACUGUCCCUAUCACCUUGAACCGGCUUGUUUACACAAAGCCGCAAGGUAACAGCACCCCAGAGUACUACCAGGAUAUUGUGAAUCUGCCAAAAUUAGCUCCUCUCGAGGUUGCAGUUGCUAAUAGGUCGAUGAUCGCUGUGGUAGGGACUGCUGCACAGCUGCCACAAGUUCAGCAGUAUGCGGAUCAUCUCUCUCCUGCCCUCUGCUUUAUCCAAAAAAAAAAAGAAGUGUUGGCUCUUCUCAUUGACUCGACAUAG